CUCCUCCUCCUCCUCUUACUCCUCCUCCUCUUCCAGCGGCUUCAGGGCGCGCGCGAAUGCGCGAUCCCUCGCGCGCCUCCCCCUCGCCCCCCCCCGCCCGGCGCGCACACACGCACACUUCGUCUCCAGCUCUCUGCUCGCUCGGCUCGCAGUCACAGACACUUGAGCACACGCGUACACCCAGACAUCUUCGGGCUGCUAUUGGAUUGACUUUGAAGGUUCUGUGUGGGUCGCCUUGCCUGCAGCUUUGAAUCAGGUGGAGAAGCACUUCAAGGCUGGACGAAGUAAAAGAUUGUUAUUUUUUUUCUCUCUCUCUCUUCCUCCCUUUUAAGAAAGGAAAAUAUUCCAAGGACUAAUCUGAUCGGUCUUCCUUCAUGAACGAAUGCAGGAAUUUGAGAACUGAGCUGUGCACGUGCUGAAGAAGGAAACGUGUUUGAAGGAAACAGGAAAGAGAAAGGAAAGGAAGGAAAAAAUACAUAAUUUCCGGGACGAGAGAGAGAAGAAACACGGGGACUAUGGGGAGAAAAAAGAUUCAGAUCACGAGGAUUAUGGAUGAGCGCAACAGGCAGGUGACGUUUACGAAGAGGAAAUUUGGACUGAUGAAGAAGGCUUAUGAGCUGAGUGUGCUGUGUGACUGUGAGAUUGCACUGAUCAUCUUCAACAGCACCAACAAGCUCUUCCAGUAUGCAAGCACUGACAUGGACAAGGUGCUGCUGAAGUACACGGAGUACAACGAGCCCCACGAGAGCCGGACAAACUCAGACAUCGUGGAGACAUUGAGAAAGAAGGGCCUUAAUGGCUGUGACAGCCCAGAUCCCGAUGCGGACGAUUCAGUAGGUCACAGCCCUGAGUCUGAGGACAAGUACAGGAAAAUUAACGAAGAUAUUGAUCUAAUGAUCAGCAGGCAAAGACUGUGUGCACUGAACAAGAAAGAAAACAAAGGCUGUGAAAGCCCUGAUCCUGACUCCUCUUACGCACUCACCCCACGCACUGAAGAAAAAUAUAAAAAAAUUAAUGAAGAAUUUGAUAAUAUGAUCAAGAGUCAUAAAAUUCCUGCUGUUCCACCACCCAACUUUGAGAUGCCAGUAUCCAUCCCAGUGUCCAGCCAUAACAGUUUGGUAUACAGCAACCCUGUCAGCUCUCUUGGAAACCCCAACCUCCUGCCACUGGCCCACCCUUCUCUGCAGAGGAAUAGUAUGUCUCCUGGUGUAACACAUAGACCUCCGAGUGCAGGUAACACAGGUGGUCUGAUGGGUGGAGACCUCACGUCAGGUGCAGGCACCAGUGCAGGGAAUGGAUAUGGCAACCCCCGGAACUCACCAGGUCUGCUGGUCUCACCUGGUAACUUGAACAAGAACAUACAAGCCAAAUCCCCUCCCCCUAUGAAUCUAGGAAUGAAUAGUCGCAAACCAGAUCUUCGAGUUCUGAUUCCACCCGGCAGCAAGAACACAAUGCCGUCAGUGAAUCAAAGGAUAAAUAACUCCCAGUCUGCUCAGUCAUUGGCUACCCCAGUGGUUUCCGUAGCAACUCCUACUUUACCAGGACAAGGAAUGGGAGGAUAUCCAUCAGCCAUUUCAACAACAUAUGGUACUGAGUACUCUCUGAGUAGUGCAGAUCUGUCAUCGCUGUCUGGCUUCAACACAGCCAGUGCGCUUCACCUCGGCUCCGUAACUGGCUGGCAACAGCAGCAUCUACAUAACAUGCCUCCGUCUGCCCUCAGUCAGUUGGGAGCUUGCACUAGCACUCAUUUAUCUCAGAGUUCAAAUCUCUCCCUGCCUUCUACUCAAAGCCUCAACAUCAAGUCAGAACCUGUUUCUCCUCCUAGAGACCGUACCACCACCCCUUCGAGAUACCCACAACACACGCGCCACGAGGCGGGGAGAUCUCCUGUUGACAGCUUGAGCAGCUGUAGCAGUUCCUACGAUGGGAGCGACCGAGAGGAUCACCGGAAUGAAUUCCACUCCCCCAUUGGACUCACCAGACCUUCGCCGGACGAAAGGGAAAGUCCCUCUGUCAAGCGCAUGCGCCUCUCUGAAGGAUGGGCAACAUGAUUACAUUAUUACUUAAUAGUUUGUUGUUUUUUUUUUUCUUGCAGUGUGUGUGUGUGCUAUACCUUAAUGGGGAAGGGGGUCGAUAUGCAUUAUAUGUGCCGUGUGUGGAAAAAAAAAAAAAGUCAGGUACUCUGUUUUGUAAAAGUACUUUUAAAUUGCCUCAGUGAUACAGUAUAAAGAUAAACAGAAAUGCUGAGAUAAGCUUAGCACUUGAGUUGUACAACAGAACACUUGUACAAAAUAGACUUUAAGGCUAACUUCUUUUCACUGUUGUGCUCCUUUGCAAAAUGUAUGUUACAAUAGAUAGUGUCAUGUUGCAGGUUCAACGUUAUUUACAUGUAAAUAGACAAAAGGAAACAUUUGCCAAAAGCGGCAGAUCUUUACUGAAAGAGAGAGCAGCUGUUAUGCAACAUAGAAAAAUGUAUAGACGUUUGGACAGACCCGGCACAGGGUGGCCACUGGUAAAUGUAAGGAACAUGCCCGGUCACCUACCAUCCGAGCACGCUCACAAACCUGCAGGCGUAUGGCACUCAUUCAAAAGGAAAAGAAACCGUUCAAAGAGGACCAUACCUACUUUAAAAGAAAAGUGUGGUGUUUGAGAGCUAACGUAUUUAAUUAAAUAAAUCUGGGUCUGCAUCUCUUAUUAAAUAAAAAUAUAAAAAUAUGUACAUUACAUUUUGCUUAUUUUCAUAUAAAAGGUAAGAAAGAGUUUGCAAAGCAUUUGUGGCUUUUUGUAGUUUACUUAAGCCAAAAUGUGUUUUUCCCCUCAAUAGCUUCGCUGAUAUUUUAAACAGUCCUGUAAAACCCACCAAGGACUUUUUUGUAUAGAAAGCACUACCCUAAGCCAUGAGGAACUCCAUGCUUUGCUAACCAAGAUAACUGUUUUCUCUUUGUAGAAGUUUUGUUUUUGAAAUGUGUAUUUCUAAUUAUAUAAAAUAUUAAGAAUCUUUUAAAAAUCUGUGAAAUUAACAUGCUUGUGUAUAGCUUUCUAAUAUAUAUAAUAUUAUGGUGAUGGCAGAAGUUUUGUUUUCUUAAUAGCGGGAGGGGGGAUAUUUGUGCAGUUGCACAUCUGAGUAACUAUUUUCUUUCUGAUUUCUUUUACUCUGCAUACAUUUUAUAAGUUCAAGGUCAGCUGUCAAAAGGAAAACCUGUGGGGUUAGAACAUAUUACAUUGCAACAUCCUAAAUUGUUUUUAAAAUGUCAGCAAAUAUUGGAUCAACUGAGAUCCAUUGUAUAUACUAAUUGGCUUCUUUCAAACUAUUUUUGUUUUGUUUUGUUUUGUUUUCGCAUUUUAUCAAAAGCAGGGCCCCCUUCAGAUCUCUCCAUUUCACCACGCAGCUUGGAAUUCAGUAAGUUUGUAUCCUAACUUGCCCAUAUUCUAGAUUUACAUAGUUCAUUUUCAACCUUGAAUUUGAUGUCUCUUAGAAAGAUGCCCAGAGUAAGGAGCUGUGUUGGAGCACAUGCCUUCCACGUUGGGCCCUAGGAACAAGUCAUGUGAGUUUACUUGAUGGAUAAGUUAAAAGUUUCUGUAGAAGAAAAAUGUGAACGACUGGGUGCUAGAAAGGAGGCAAAGAGUUAAAGGGUAGUUACUCCUCAUCCACCUUCAUGAUUUUAACUGACCGUAACAGUCUUGUCAGCAGUAGAGGACUGGUGGACAGCCUGGUGUGUCAGGACCCCCAAUUGUCACUUCUGCAUAAAGCAUGUAUGUCACCUAUUUUUUCUUCAAUAAAGAGAUUUAACAGCCAUUUCAAGAAAUCCCAUUUAAAAAACUUUCUCUAUGUCCCUUGUUUUGUUAAUUACCAAAAUAAUUUAACUCUUGUCUAAUAUUUGUGUGUAAGAAAUUAAUUUUCAGACCCUUUAAAAAGUGAGUGCCAUAAAGAGUCAUUAUAUAGUGUUGAAGAGGUCUUUCAGGCUAGGGGUGAUCCCUUCUCCCAGAGUGGGAAGAUCUGUCGAUUCAUCUCCAGUCAUCAGUACUGACAUACAGAGCAAAGAAGACGGUAAUAUCAAUUCUUCUAGAUGUGUAGCACGUGUUUAUCCAGUUUUUUUUUUUUAAUUUCCUUUUGUCUGCAUAGUUUGCUAUGUGUUUCUCACUGUAAAAGGCUGCCGCUGGGUGGCAGAAGCCAAAAGACCUUAUUAUCGAGGCUAUAUUUUUCUUAACUUGAUCUGCAAUCCAUAAUUAGACCACAAUGCACCUUUGGUUGUAUCCGUAUAGGAUGCCAGCCUGCCUUGUAGUAAUGUUUUAUAUAUGAGAAAUAAAAUAAAGGCAUCAAUCAUUUCAUAUAUGUCCCGCUACUAAAGGUAGCCAUGGAACAUGAAGACUAGUAUUUAUGCAGAAGCAAAACAGGGAAUCAUUUCUACAAACAUGCUUACCUGUACACCUGUUUGCAUAGUCAUUUUUACACAAACAUUCACAUAAAAUGAAAAAGAAAAUCAGUCAUUAUAUCACUCUGGACUUGAUUUCAUCCUGAUUACUCAUGCUUAUAACUUAAUGUAUACUAAUAUGCAAGCAUAUAAAUGGUCUUUGUCAUUUCAAAAUGCAUUUGUUCAUUAAUAUCAAUAGAAUUUUACCUGUGGGUGGGAAAGGGUCAUAUAAAAAUAUGAAGAAAUAGCCAUAUUAAAUUUUUACCUGCCAUUUGCCUCAGCAUCAAAGUGAACGUGAGUUUCUAAUGCUAAAUAUAGAGUGAGCGAACGUGCCAGCAGAAGCCUCUGCUAUUUAUAGCAGUUCUGACAAUAGUUUUUUACAAACUCGACAAGAACAGACUCACUUGAAAAUGGAUGCCAGUCAUCUCAUUCCCACUACUGAAUUCAAAGCAGUAGCAGUUAGCGAAGUGAUAAUCUAAGAUUUUUAAAGAUUAUUUAAUGAGAAGCACAAUUUCUAUUGUGACCAGUCACUUUCUAUAAGCAGUCACUGUCUAUCUUUAUACCCUUCUGCCUUUUCUGUAGCUCCCCAUUUAUUGUAUUUGCAAAUCUAGUGUGGUUUUUAAUCACAGAAAGUUCUUUGUAUCCAGAAGUCUGGGGCAGAGCUCUAAGGUAUUAUUAUUUUACAUUACCUGGCCUAGAUUAGCAUUUUAGACAAAGCUCAUCAUUGCAAAUAGAAGAACCGUACAUGACACAUUACGUGGCUGCAAGUAUUGUUAUACUUAAUCCUAUUUAAAAAAAAAAAUGGUAACAGUAAGCUGAGAAGUACUGGUAAUGGUGCCGCAGCGUAGGAAGCUGCACAGCCUGUAUAUUGUAUGCGUUGAUGUGUCGAAGCUGUUCAUUUCAACCUUUUUUAAAAUUGUGUUUUUUAGUAAAAUUGCUUAUUUUUCCCAAAGGUGGAAUUCAACAUUUUGUAAUGAUGAAUAUGAAAAUGCCUGUCAUCUUUAGAUCAUUUAAAGGUUAACUAAAAGUGAGAAUUUCAAAACAAAUCCCAAUAUACUUUUUAAAAGCAUGUCUGCCCUCUCUCACUUUCAGUGUAUUUGUUUUUUUUACAUACUCAGCCUUUUAGAGAUCAUAUUUUGCUCCCUUGGUCCCCUUUAUUUUUUUUUCCAGAAAGUAAAUGCUUUGUAUUUCUUUCUUUAAGAAUUUAUUUUAAAAGAAGAAGCCACUUGAACCUUCAAUAAAGGCUGUUGCCUAAGCAUGGCAUACUUCAUCUGUUCUAAUUCGUGCCAUCUGCUAUGGUGUCGUCACUUAUAUGGCGUUAAUUUCCUGCCACUACAGAUCUUUUGAAGAUUGCUUGAAUACUGGUGUCUGUUAGAAUGCUUCAGACUACAGAUGUAAUUAAAGGCUUUUCUUACUAUGUUUUAACCAAAGAUGUGGAGCAAUCCAAGCCACAUAUCUUCUGCAUUAAAUUUGUCCAUUUUGGUUAUUUUCAUAAUCGGGUAUUGCAUUUUGCCUUCCCUGUUCUUACCUCAGAUUGAUUCAUACCUCAGUUUAAUUCACAGAGGUUGGCUAAGCGAUGUAUUCUGUUGUGGUUUGAAUGCAGCUGCAGUGCACUGUUGGAGCAAGCAGACAUGGGUCACUGUAGGCAUAGAGAUUGGAUCGCUUCAGAUGGUUUGCUAUGUCCUUUUUCUUCAUUUUCCUUUGAUGGGGACUUGUUUCCAUUCAAUGACAGUAAUUAAAAUAGCUUGUAAAUGAGGGCGUACAAGCAUUUGCAACAAGUAUUCAAAUAGAGGCUCACAGCGGCAUAAGCUGGACUUUGUCGCCACUAGAUGACAAGAUGUUAUACCUAAGUUAAACCACAUCUGUGUAUCUCAAGGGACUUAAAUUCAGCUGUCUGUAGUGAAUUAAAGUGGGAAAUUUUCAAAAGUUUCUCCUGCUGGAAAUAAGGUAUAAUUUGUAUUUUGCAGACAAUACAGUAAAGUUACUGGCUUUCUUAGUGA